AUGAACACAAACAACAACAACGACGAUAUCAUCGUAUUCUCCUCUGACGAGGAGUCAGAGGCCACCACCACCGGCACCGAGGAAGACGAGAAGGAGCCCCAGUACCAUAGAUUCCGACGGGAGAAUCUAUGGUCCCCCCCACCAAGGGCAAGGACCCCAACCGCCAACACCUCCCCAAGGCCGGCCACGCCGUCGUUCUCGCCAAGGCCGCACAACGCCGAGGAGUGGCCCCCAGCCCCGGCACCGGAGACAGCACCACCCGGGCGGAAGAGCCCCCCGCUUUUCACCCGUAGGCCGGCAGGGCAUCGACACCAAGGCGACCCCCGCACACCGACCAGACCAGCUGCACCAAAGAAGAGCCCCGAACCACCAUACGCGUCGUAG